CGCAGCAGACUCGUUCAGUCCGGCAUUGGCUGUGUAGAGGUGAGGGUACCCUGUUACACCACACAGCGCCGACGACAUAGCUCAGCUCGGCGCGCCUCAGCUCUCGUGCUCGUUGUCAAAAUAAAAAUAAAUAGAAACUUUACCUUCGCUUCAUACGAGACUGUACACUGUCUCUCUCUCUCUCGUUCUCUCUCUCUGACUCUUUAUCUACCUAUCUCUAUCUCUCGCGAACGGGUGUGUGUGUAUUUUUCUUUUUUCUUUCUCUCUCUCUGCCGUCAUUUUUCAUUUUCUCUCUCUCUAUCGCCUCCCGAGACACGCAUAUAUAAAGAGGGAGGUCGAACCACGUGUUUUCUCUCCCUCGAUGGCCGUCUGCGCGCUAAUAUGAGUCGCCUUGCAAUAGCGUAACAGUUGUGUGUGAUACGUCCACUUGUCAGUGAUGACCCACACUGGAUUUACCUGGAUUCACUUGUCUCAGGACUUACGCGAACGCUACUUCAGUUGCCUUCACCGCCGUCGUCUCUCGCCCGAAGAAGGACAGCAACUGAGAGGCGCAACGAAGAAGUAAAGCAGUGAUUAACGCUGCGAAAGAGGAAAAAGAUAAGGUGAAUGAUAGUUUAAAAAAGUGAUAAUAUUUCAGAAGAUAAGGAAUAAAGAAGUGGCGAACGGUAAGCAACUCCAUAAGGUAAAGAGUUGAAACGAAAAGGAAUAUGGGACAAUAAACAUAAAAGCAGAAAAAAAAAAAUCAUACACGAAAUAUAACUACAAAGAUAUUCACUAACAAAUGAAUGACAAAUAAAAGCAUAGAUAACGAAAUUAAUCAGAAAACUCAAAAAUCAUACUAAAACUAACUGAUCUAAUGCUAAGAAACACACAACAAUAAAAACGAUAAUAAAUAACAAAGAAAUAAAGCCUUUAUCUUUUGUCAAUCUUGUUUGUUAAAGAAAAAAAAAAUACUGGACGGCCUUGCCAAGUAAGGAAAAAUAAAAAAAGAGAGAAGUGGACACAAACACAAAGGGCUUUUUAGAAGAGGAAGAGAGAAUAAUAAGAACACGAAAGGAGGAAUAAGCGAGCGAAUAGAUAACUUUUUUGAGUGAACACUGGAAGAAAGAAGGAAGUUCAGACCGUGGAAGUGAAAGUAUCAUUUAAUCAGAAAGUAUCACCAAGAAAAUAUAAAAGAGAUAACAACAACAACAACACCAAAACAAAUAGAGCAGGAGAGGAAGCCAAAAAAAGUGAACAUAACGUUAAAAAUAGGAAAUAUUUUACCCCUUCCCCCCCCGUCCCUCCCACUCCCCAUCCUUUAAAAUGACCUCCAACCCCUUAAACAUGACACCCUUAAAGUUAACCCUUUAACAUCCCCAACCUCACCCUCGAAAGAAAAAAGAAAACGAAAAAAAAAACUCUCGUAUCCACAAAGAAAACGGAAGAACGAACGCCAAGAUGAAUCAGUCUUCGAAACUCUGCGCCAUUUUCUUCAUCCUUUUCGGAAUAGGAGCUCCAUGGGCGUGGGCGGGCAGUCCGAGCGGCACGAACACGAAGGGCGGCGUCCACAAAGCCAAAAACUGUGACGCCAAGUACCUGCAGCAGUGCAUGGACCUUCUGCAGACUAUCAAUAAGGACCAUAAUCUCGCAUUCGCCUCCACGGAGCAAGAACUCAACACGAUGUGCAGGACGAUGCGGUCUGGGCUGGAGUGUGUGCAUCGCCAUGUCACCAAGUGCUUCGACGAGACUCGACAGCGGGUCAUCUACCAGCUGCUAUCGGGCACGGAGAGCAUCAUCGACAGCCUGUGUAAUAAGGGAUCUUUUCGAGAUAGGUACCAGAUCCACGCGCCCUGCAUGAAGAACCUGAGCACCGACACCAACGUGUGCGGCGAGCAGUACAAGCGCCUCAUCCUCUCCGUCAACCCGCCGGAGAAACUCGACUACGAAGACUCCAUACGCCAGCAGUGUUGCGCCUUCCACAACUACCUGCUGUGCGUGACGUCAGCAGCGGAACGGGAGUGUGGAACACAAGCCGCCAAUUUUAUCGAGGAGUACUCUUACCGCACGGCCGGGCCCAUUAUACAGACGCGGUGCAAGGUCUACGUCCCGGGGAGCCUCGAGUGCACCCACAGCACGGCGGCACUCAGCAGGGGCGCCUCCUUCCUCGGCCUCUCGCUCCUGCUGACGGUGCCGCUCCUGCUGCCUCGGCUGCUCUAGUCGGCUCUCGGUGAGGGGCGC